AUGUGCUGGAUCACUCUCACACCCACCAAAGGCAAAAAGAAAGGUUACCGGCCUACGUCCGAUUCCUCCUGUGUCGAGGACAUCGUUCGCGUACACCAUAAUCCGGCAGUCCCCCAGCUCACCAACGUACGCAUCAAGGUGCCUAGUGUCGACGUCGAGGUAGACGAGAAACACUCUCACGCCCAUCUACAUCCUCAUCUGCAACAUCACCACAGGCACCCGCACUUGCACCCACUGCACAUGCACCCUGUAGGCGUACACGGCGAGCACCAUCUUGGCCUUGGACUAGGGCUCGGCCACCACCACUACCGCGGCAGCCUCGACAUAACCGACGACAUGACGGAUGUCAAAUUACACGGGGAAGGCCGAAAACGGUCCACGGCGUCACCUAGUGGACCGCCGCCGUCACGGGAGCCAUCAAGACGACCUCCUCCUACGCGUCCGUGUGUACCAGCAACACCAAGCAUGUCGUCACCCUGCCCAUCGUCGUCAGCAUCGUCAUCAACACCAGCGUCAUGCUCGUCUCCGCCGUCAUCCCCGCCCACAGACACAUCACCCCUUUUCCCGUCGUCGCCCAGCGCCCCCGCAUCGCCCCGCGAACCAAUCUACCAUACUCAAAUCAUGCAGCCUAGCGGCCGCAGCCCUACCACCGUCCGUGAAACAACGCGCGUGGCCCUCCGCACCGUGCAAACAGACGGCCGCCCAGGAAGAAACAACCUGAGACGCGUGGCGGGCUACCAAGUCCUCGGGCGCAACGUCCCCUGGGACUGGGACUGCGUAAGUAGCUCUGCGCCAAGCUCCAGUGGCGGUAACACUACCAGCCCCAGUGCCUCUGCCAGCAAUGCGGCUGCCACCGCCGGCGGCCGAUGGGUAAGGAGGAAAUCCGCUGGCGGGGGCUCUCUAGGUGGCGCGGCUGCGGGUGCUGCUGCCACUGCUGGUGGCGCUCGUGGUGGAUCCGCAUUGAAGUAUCCACCGUUUAGGCAUGUGGAGAAGUGGAUGUAA